AUGAUCAACUGCGAUGUUUCCAGCAUCACAGAACUCAAGCGCAUCACGCAGCUGGAGAUGGAGGGCUGCAUCGACAAAGAAGGUUUGAAAGAAUUCACAAAGGUGAUCCCAGAGACUCCACUGUCUAAAGCGCAAGCCCUGCUGACUGGCGUGCUUAAGAUCGUCAACGAGUGUAGGAACCACGCAUUCCGGCUACAGCCGCUGAAAAUGAGCUCAGAUUUGAUCAGCCAGCUCUUGGCUGUUGGGGUGAAAUUGGAAUCCCUGGCAAAUCAGCUUCAAGAAAACAUCAAGAAGGGCAAGGACAAGAACCGCUACUACGUUACCAUUUUUACGGAGGUUGACAAGUAUUCGCGGAUGGCUCGUGAGCGAAUAGAGCUGGGCAAGGCUUUGGUGCGGGCGGCCGAGAAGGCUGCGAACCCCAAGGCUAAGCCUGCUGCCAAACCAGCAAAGAAUGCCACAGGCGAGCCAGCCUAA